CAACAACCCCAGAACGAAGUGAUUGUUCCUGUUCUCUUUCUUAAGUCAUUUGAAACACUGUCCCUCCUUAUUUUCUAAAUCAACCACAGUUCCCUACUCAAGAAGCGACAGAGGCUGCCAAUUAGGAAGCAGGUACAGAACUUGGGCCACCAGGCACCAGAACAGUGUCAGCAGCUGACACAAAUGCCUCCUGGAGCCUGUGCAGAUGCAUUUAAAGCAGAUCUGGCACAAAGGAGAUGAAUUAAUGAAGCUAGAGUAUGCAAGAGGAAUUAAAUGCGAUGAAGAAAGAGGAAGCUCCCUGCAGUAUGGAUGGCAUACAAACCCUUCCCUUUCCCCACUGCUUGGACCCUGUUGUGAAGUCAGACAUAGCUUCACCCCUCAAUGAAGAAUUCAGAGCACAGCUUGCCCAGUUUGGAUAUGGCCCUUCCCCUGCAGAACUGCAGAACUUCCAGGGCUCCUUAGAAGGGGGAUCUCGCAAGCGUAAAAGCAUGCCCACGAAAAUGCCCUCUGCCGUCUCACCAGGAGAGCCCACCUCCCCGUUGCACAGGUCUGAAGACAUCCCCACUGCAGGUUCUCCUGACCUCCCUUUAAUAUUCCAGCACCACCACACACAGCCAAACUACAAUGCCCACAUGAUUGACCUGUGCAACAUUGGCUUUCAGUUCUACAGAACUCUGGAACACUUUGGAGCACAGCCUAUCAAGGAAGAACCCAUCAAGCCUAAUGUGCUCUGGCCUGGACCAGCCCCAUUUCUGCAGAUGCCCUAUCCAUACUAUCCUAAAGUUCACCCUUCUAUGAUGUUUCCAUUUCUUAUGCCCCCAGAUUUUCAUUUCAGGAGCCCUUUCCCACUGAAAAGGCCUCCGGAGCCUUCCUUCUCCAGGAGGACGGAGUUAGGAGAACAAGCUGAAAGUAAACAAAAGGUGGAGAGGGUGGAUGUCAACAUUCAGAUCGAUGACAGCUAUUAUGUCGAUGUGGGAGGGGAACAAAAGCGCUGGCAGUGUCCUAUGUGCAACAAGUCCUACACAUCCAAAUACAACCUGGUCACCCACAUUUUGGGGCAUAGCGGCAUCAAGCCGCACGCUUGCUCUCGCUGCGGCAAGCUUUUCAAGCAGCUGAGCCACUUGCACACCCAUAUGCUCACCCACCAGGGCACCCGGCCUCACAAAUGCCAAGUGUGCCACAAGGCCUUCACCCAAACCAGCCACCUGAAGAGACACAUGAUGCAGCACAGUGACGUCAAGCCUUACAGCUGCAGGAUCUGCGGGAGAGGUUUUGCCUACCCCAGUGAGUUGAAAGCCCAUGAAUCCAAGCAUGAGAGCGGCCGGGAGAAUAUUUGCAUUGAGUGCGGCCUUGACUUCCCGACCUUGGCCCAGCUGAAGAGGCACCUGACCACCCAUCGAGGCCCUAUACAGUACAACUGUACAGAGUGUGAUAAGACCUUCCAGUACCCAAGCCAGCUGCAGAAUCACAUGAUGAAGCACAAGGACAUCCGCCCAUACAUCUGCACCGAAUGCGGCAUGGAGUUUGUUCAGCCCCAUCACCUCAAGCAGCACUCCUUGACUCAUAAGGGUGUGAAGGAGCACAAGUGUGGGAUCUGUGGCCGAGAGUUCACGCUACUCGCUAAUAUGAAGAGGCACGUAUUAAUUCACACCAACAUCAGGGCCUACCAGUGCCAUUUGUGCUUCAAGAGCUUCGUGCAGAAACAGACGCUCAAAGCCCAUAUGAUUGUCCAUUCAGAUGUCAAGCCCUUCAAAUGUAAGCUGUGCGGAAAGGAAUUUAAUCGAAUGCAUAAUUUAAUGGGGCACAUGCACUUGCAUUCAGACAGCAAGCCGUUCAAAUGUCUCUACUGUCCCAGCAAAUUCACCUUGAAGGGGAACCUCACCAGACACAUGAAAGUCAAACACGGAGUGAUGGAAAGAGGAUUUCGGUCUCAAGGACAUGGAAGGGAACGAACAAGAACAUCACAAACAGAUGCCUCAAGGAGCCUGGAACAGGAAGAACCCUUUGACCUUUCCCAAAAAGGCCAAGGGAAAGGACUUUCAUUUCACUCUGAUGGGGAAAGUGCCAAAGGAAGCUCGUGUCAUGAGGAAGAUGAAGACAACUGCUACGGGGUGGAGCCGCAGAGCCCUGCCAUGUACCACAGCAACAGCAAGCAUGAUCUUUCCAGCCAAUCAGGACUCAAGAUGAAAGACUUCAGAGAGUCGUACUGUGACGAGAAAGAGAAAAUGCUGGAUUCAAAAUGUGAGGAGAGGAAAGAUAACAACGGGAACCAGAGCCGAGGAGAAAGAGACUUUGCAAAUAAUGAGGGGAGGCAUAUGGGCUUUAGCCACUUUGAGAAUAAUAGACUCACUCAGUCUCUCUCUGACUACUUGUAUUUUCAACAUAGAAACAAGAGUUUGAAGGAGCUGCUGGAAAGGAAAAUGGAAAAGCAAACUGUUUUUCUGGGUAUCUAA